AUGUCACCGUUUGACAUUACUACGCAUCCCUUGAUAUUGCAUGGCAUGAUGACCGAAUCUAUCUCAUCUUUGACUCAAACAUGGCUUCAGUGGGACCAGGACCCUACUACUCGGGCGGAAAUAGAGAAGCUUCAGGAUUCCAAUGACACAGAGGAAUUGGAAAAGCGCUUGCGUAACCGUAUCGAGUUCGGAACUGCCGGUCUUCGUGGCCGCAUGGCAGCAGGGUUCUCGUGCAUGAACUCCUUGACUGUCAUACAAGCCUCUCAGGGACUGGCUAAGUUUAUUCGGGACAAGCGUUCCGAGAUUGCCUGCAGCGGUGUUGUCAUUGGACACGAUGCGAGGCAUAACUCCGCAAGAUUUGCCGCACUGGCCGCCAACGCUUUCAUUGCGCAACAGAUUCCUGUAUGGUUCUUCAAAGAGGAGGGACCGACGCCAAUGGUACCUUUUGGCGUGAACCAUUUCCGUGCUGCCGGAGGCAUCAGUGUAACGGCAAGCCAUAACCCACCUCAAGACAACGGUUACAAAGUCUACUCGAGUAAUGGUGCCCAAAUCAACCGUCCCGAAGAUGGAGAGAUCGCACAGUCAAUCCUAGAGAACCUUGAACCGUGGCCAACUGCUUGGGCAGAACUUCAACCGGGUGAAUACUUGCACGCUGAUUCAUACCAGGAAUUGCUGCCUUAUUAUCGCAAAAAGGUGGAGGAGUUCACGAAAACUACGGUAUCAGAUUGGCAGCCGCCCAGACCUUUCGUCUAUACACCUUUGCACGGUGUAGGAGGCUUGGUUCUCCCAAGUGUCUGCCACUCUAUUGGGAUCCAUGACUUCGUACCCGUCGCUACCCAAGAGAAGCCAGAUCCAGACUUCCCCACUGUGAAGUUCCCCAACCCAGAGGAAAGCGGAGCUCUGGAUCUUGCUAUCCAGACAGCUGACCAAGAGGGGAAAACACUGAUCAUCGCGAACGACCCCGAUGCCGACCGUUUCGCCGUAGCAGAGAAAGUCGGUGAGAGUUGGCACACGUUGAGUGGGAACCAUGUUGGUGUUCUUUUGGCCUCUCAUCUCUUGGAUUCAUUCGACGCGAAUGAAGAUUGGUCACAUAUUGCAGUGCUGACUACAACUGUAUCAAGCUCUAUGCUUGCCAAGAUGGCAGCUGCCAAGGGAAUCCAGUUUACUGAGACCCUGACAGGGUUCAAGUGGAUGGCCAAUGUUGCCCGGGAUCUAGAAAAAGAAGGAAAGACCAUUGUAUUCUCCUAUGAGGAAGCACUGGGCUACAUGUUCCCAUCUGUGUGUUAUGACAAGGACGGAAUCACUGCAGCCACUGUUUUUCUGGCCGCAGAGGCAAAAUGGAGAGCUCAGGGUUUGACUGUCUAUGGAAAACUUCAGAAACUCUUUGUUGAGUUUGGCCACCACGAGACACUGAAUAAUUAUUUCCGAUCUCCUGAUACCCAGCUUACCUCAACCUUGUUCCAGGGGAUUCGAAACAGCCCAAGCCUCGCAGAAAUGAAGUUUGGUCGGUUCAAGAUAUUGCGGUGGAGAGACUUGACCGAGGGCUACGACUCUAGCACGCCUGACAACAAGCCAGAUCUACCUGAAGACCCGACGAGUCAGAUGCUCACGCUGUGGCUUGAGGGAGGGGUUCGGUUCACAUUCCGAGGCUCAGGAACAGAGCCCAAGGUCAAGUUCUAUAUCGAGAGCUGUGGAGACUCUCGCGAGGACGCUGUCAAAGCCGUCUGCGAUGCAUUCCAGGCUAUCCGGGAAGAGUGGGUUCAGCGCUUUACGCCUUCGAUGACAUACAGCAAGCAGCUACGUACUUCGUCUGGUCAUGUUCUGGAUUUGGAAUGA